GUCGCGCGGUUGCGAAGGCGAGGACAGGGACAGGGACCCUGAGGGCCGGAUUGGUUGAAUGGGCACGAGGCACGAUGUUCCCGCCCCCUCGUUGUCAGGGCCCAGCCUAUCCGCGUCCAGGCGGGCCUCGGUCGCCAGGUGGUUGGGGUGGUGGGGGCCGGGGCAGGUGUGUGUGUCGGGAGGAAGGGGCUAGGCCCUGCCGGGACCCCCAAGGGAUUCCGCCGAAGCCCCUGCGGCUGGGAAUCUGAGGCCCUCCGGCUCGGGAGCGGAGAAGCUGCGCCUCCUUCCACAGCGCCUCUCCCCGCCGCCCCCGGCGCGCUCCCGCCCACCGCCUCCCGGGUCUGGAACGAGCGCGCGCGCCCCCGUCUCCCAUCGGCGGCGGAGGGGCGGGCCCGGCUCCUGGCGCCACCGCCCGCAGCCCCCUCCCCUCGCCCGCCCGCCGCAGGCUGCAGCCCCGGCGCUCCCGCCCGGCCCCACCCCAGACGACCCAGCGUGGAGAGGCGGGCGGCCGGAUCCCGAGGUGCGGGAUGGACAAGAGGGACAAGGGCAGGUCAGGGGCCCCCACGCGGACGCCAGCUUCUCGCCCUCCAGGCCUUCCUACCCCCAGGCCCCCAGGGUCUCCUCGACCUCCUCCUCCAGUAACCAGCGCAGCUCUCCGCGUCCUGGGAGCAGCGGGAGCUGCCGGGCGAGGGCCCCUGGCUGAGCGAUCCGGGGGUAUCCGGGCAGCCGCCCUCCCGGAGGCUGGUCCCCGGGUGGGACCAACACAGAGCGCUGGGACAGGCCCCCGGAGUCCAGCCUCCAGGCCCCCAGCUACUGGGAGAGGGGAGCGGGCCCCUGCCAAGACCCCAGGCCCAGGCUCUAUUUCCAGCUCGGGACGUGCCAGCGGGACCACCAGGCUAGGCUCUCUUGCACAGAAGGGGCUUCGUUCCCCAGCUGAGGAACCCGUGACCAGAGGAAAAGCCCCAGAAACCCCCAGAAGGAGCGCGCUGAGCGCCGGGGCACGGAGAGACUCUUCUGGGCCCUCCCCAGGCGCCCCUUCCCCAGCCACCUCCCGUCGGUCUCGGGCUGCAGGCGCUGAAGUCGGUCUUCCUCGGGCAGCUCCCAGUGCCCGGCCGCGGCCUCCGACCGAGGCUCCCAGGAAAUCAGUGAGCAGUGCCCCGCAGCAUGGUACCGCAGAGCCGAGCCCCGCCGCCAGGAGGCGACCCGGCGCCGGCGGAGGCCUCCAGAAGCCAGCCUCGCGCCCCUUGGGCUCCAGCGCCACUCCUCUGUCCUCUCCCGCCCGCCCUGGGGCCUCGCCGGGUGGAACACCUAGGGCUCUGGGGCAUCCCUCGCCGCCCAAGACGAAAGGGGUGCAGGUUCUGCACCCCCGCCAGUCCACACCCCCAAGGAAGGGCGCAACCCCUGCGCAGGGUCUUUCUCCUCCUUUAGCCACACCCUCUCCGCCGUGUUCGACCGCACAACUGGCACCGCCUCCACAUAUCACAGGCACUCCCCUGCCUGCCACGCUCCCUCCCUCUCCACCGACCACGCCCCCUUCUCAAUCCGCAAGCGGCCCUUUGGCCACACCUCUUUCACUAGCCCCUCCUCCAUCCGCUCCACUCCCUCCUCAGACCCUCCCCUCUCCGCCGGCCACACCUCCUUUGCAAGACCCACCCACACACCUGGGUACCUCCUUUUUGGAGGCAUCCACCUCUCCCACGAACACUUUUCUGGCUUCAUUCUCUCCAUCAUCGUCACCCCCUCUGCAGAGUAUGCCCCCAACCCAGGCUUCUCCAGCUUUGCCCCCUCUUCUGACUCCCCCCUCUCCCUUGGCCACAUCUCCUUUGUUGGCUCCUGGACCACCAAGCAAGGCCCCGCUCCAAGCCCCUCUUACUCAAGCAACAUCUCUGCUAAGCCCGCCCUCUCCCCAAGCCACACCCCCUCUGCAGGGCCUUUCCACUUUGACUACUACCCCUCCACUGGCCAGUCCUUCCCUAUCUCCUCCCUCUCUUGAGGCCACGCCCUAUACAAUGACCACGCCUCCCACACAGGACACCUCUCCGGCCACAUACCCUCUGCAAGCCUCUCCCUGUCCUCUGACCACCCUCUCUUCACAGGGUCCUCCUCCUCCUCUGUGCUCUCCAUAUCCCUCACCAUCUCUGCAGGUUUCACCCUCUGCCCUGGCCAUGCCCACUCCGCAGACCCCACCUCCUCUGGCCACACCCCAUCUACAGGCCACUCCCUCUUCGACCCGGCUCCCUACACAGGCCCCACCUUCUCUGGCCUCGCCACCUCCGCAGGCCCCACCCUCUUUCUUAACCACCGCUCCUCAACAAACUGCUGGGUCUCUGGCCACACCCCCUCUGCAGGCUAGUCCCUCCCCGAGCGUGCUCCCAGUUCAGACCCCACCACCUCUGCAGGCCCCACUCUCUCCGGUAUCACCCCCUUUGCAUGACCGUUCCUCUCCCUUGGCCAUACCCCCUCCCCAGGCUCCACCUUCCCUGGCUUUGCCUCCUCUUCAGGCUCCUCCUUCUCCCCCUGCCUCACCCUUCCCGCGGGCCCCUCCCUCUCCUGUGGCCACGCCCUCCUCCCGGGCCCCACCCUCUCCUGUGGCCACACCCUCUCCGCGGACCCCUCCCUCUCCCCUGGUCACACCGUCUCCGCAGGCUCCACCUUCCCUGGCCUUACCUCCUCUGCAGACCCCGACUCUCCUUUUGCAGGCCACACCCUCUCCCCUGGCCACGCCUUCUCAGGCUCCACCUUCCCUGGCCUUGCCUCCUCUACAGGCCUCUCCUCUCCCUUUGCAGGCCCCUCCCUCCAUGGCUACGCCCCCUCCUCAGACUCCACCUUCCCUGGCUCUGCCCCCUCUGCAAGUCCCUCCCUCUCCCCCGGACUCACCCCCUCUGCAGGCCCCUCGCCGACCCCCGACCCCAGGUCCGGAUGCCCCGAUCCCGGGCCCACGGCUGACCCUGGCGCUGGCCCCGGCUCCGCCACCACCGCCCUCGCGCAGCCCGUCCAGCACGCUGAGUGGCCCGGAUCUGGCGGGCCACAGCAGCAGCGCCACCAGCACGCCGGAAGAGCUGCGCGGCUACGACAGUGGGCCGGAGGGCGGCGCCGCGGCCUCCCCGCCCGCCGACGCGGAGCUCGCCGCCUGUCACCCGGCCUCCUGGAGCCGAGGUCCCGCUCCGCCGCUGGCCGUCCGCAGCACCCCAGGCUCGGAGCCACCAGGUGGCGGGCAGAAGCUUCCAGAUAAAGCCAUUCAAGAUGAGGGAGCAGCAGAAGCAGAAGCAGGGGAGAGAGGAGUGAGACCAGAGAACCAAAGAACCAGCAGGAGAGGACCCGGAGGAAGAGCAAAGCCAGAGCCAGCUCCGUCCUGGAGAGGGACGUGUGUGGCUGGGCGGGAAGAAGAAGGUGAUGGAAACACCCAGAACACUCCCGGGAAGCAUCUGCAGUCAGAGAAUCACAGACGUGAUUCACAGUCAUUCACCGAUGUCAUGCAUGGGGAAACUGAGUCAGAGGGGGGCAGUGUCUUGUCUGAGCCCCCCAGCUUGCCUGGGUUAGAGGUGUUUCAGGCACAAGUCUCUGCCCCACAUCUGGAAUCAGGAGUCCGGAUCUCUUGGAGGGCUCUUGCCCCAUCUCUGGGCUUGACCCAUCACUCCGUAAGCACAGAGAUCCUCGAGAAGUUGGAUGUGGCCAAGUAACAACUCCCCUCUCCCACUUACUCCAAAGAGAAAAUGAGACAAGGAGUGAGCAAGAACUACAGGGUCUAAGUAUACAUCAGGCUUUUUUUUUUUUUUUUCUUGUGUUUUUGAUGCUCUGACAUCUAGCCACCCGGCCGGUCUUGGAGAGACUGCCCCGCCGAGGACUGGCUAAUUCCUAGACACAGCAAACCAGUAGGAGUGUGCCUUUCAGAUGCAAACCAGCCAACCCAGUGCCUACACCCACCUACCUCUCACUCAUGCCAUCCUGCCCAAUGUUCUCUCUGCCUUAAAUUGCCCCCAAGACAAUGAGGGACCCCCUGUAGACUCCCAGCUCCCAGCUUCAAAGGAACCAACCCUUAACUCAAACUCGACUACCCAGCCUUGCUCAUUCUUUUCUGUGGAGACCACAAUAAAGGCUCUGGCCCAUGCUUUGCCCCUCUCGCCCUCUGCCUCCGGACCCACUCUGAUGCUUCCCUUUGUUGCCAAGCAUGGUGGGGCGUGCCCCCUCCCUUUGGGAACUGUGAGUAAUAAACUCUUCCUUCAACGGCA